AUGAGUUUCAGGUGUUCAUCACAGAGAUGCAUACGAAGCCUCUCUUCUAGUGCUACUAGAUGCGAAAAGAAACUAAACAAAUAUUCAUCUAUUGUCACUGGCGAUCCAUCGCAGGGGGCUUCUCAAGCGAUGCUUUAUGCCACUGGAUUCAGUGAUGAGGAUUUCAAUAGGGCUCAAAUUGGUGUUGGGUCGGUUUGGUGGUCAGGUAAUCCGUGUAAUAUGCAUUUAAUGGAUUUGAACAAUGCGUGUGCUGAUUCAGUUAACAAGGCCGGGUUGAAAGCCAUGCAGUUUAAUUCGAUCGGGGUAUCUGACGGUAUUACCAAUGGUACUGAAGGUAUGAAGUAUUCUUUACAAUCGAGGGAAAUUAUUGCUGAUUCGUUUGAAACAAUGACUAUGGCACAAUUGUAUGAUGGUAAUAUUGCCAUCCCCAGUUGUGACAAGAAUAUGCCCGGGGUGUUGAUGGCCAUGGGAAGACACAAUAGACCAUCUAUAAUGGUUUAUGGUGGUACUAUCUUGCCAGGGUCUCCCACAUGUGGCGGAAGCAAGAGUAAUCCUGCUAUUGCUGACAAGAUUGAUAUCAUUAGUGCAUUCCAAAGUUAUGGACAAUACUUGUCAAAGCAAAUCACGUUGGAAGAGAAGCAAGAUAUCGUUCAACAUGCAUGUCCUGGACCUGGUGCUUGUGGUGGUAUGUACACUGCAAAUACCAUGGCAUCGGCUGCUGAGGUUUUAGGUUUAACUUUACCAUAUUCGUCAUCAUCACCGGCUGUGUCCAAGGAAAAAGCCAACGAAUGUGCAUCAGUUGGUGAAGCUAUGAAGAACUUAUUGAUUAAAGAUUUGAAACCAAGGGAUAUCAUCACCAAGAAAUCGUUUGAAAACGCCAUCACGUACAUUAUCAUCACUGGUGGUUCAACCAAUGCCGUAUUGCAUUUGAUUGCCAUUGCCUCGUCAUUUGAUAUUGAGCUUACUGUUGAUGAUUUCCAAAGAAUUAGUGACUCUACUCCAUUGCUCGCUGAUUUCAAACCAUCGGGUAAGUACGUUAUGGCUGACUUGCAAGCUAAAGGAGGUACACCAGCAGUUAUGAAGUACUUGGUUGAAGAAGGAUUACUUGAUGGAUCACAAUUGACGGUAACUGGAAAGACGAUUUCGGAGAACUUGGCUGACUUGCCAGGAUUACCAGCUGAUCAAGAUAUUAUCCACUCUAUUUCCAACCCAUUGAAACCAAGUGGUCAUUUACAAAUCUUGAAAGGUACGUUAGCCCCAGGAUCUGCUGUGGCCAAAAUCACUGGUAAAGAAGGAACUUAUUUCAAAGGUAAAGCCAGAGUAUUCAAUGAAGAGUAUGCCUUCAUUAGAGCUUUGGAAGCAGGUGAGAUUAAAAAGGGGGAAAAGACUGUUUGUGUUAUUAGAUACGAAGGACCAAAAGGUGGACCAGGUAUGCCGGAAAUGUUGAAACCAUCUAGUGCAUUGAUGGGUUAUGGGUUGGGACAAGAUGUUGCUUUGAUUACCGAUGGUAGAUUUUCUGGUGGAUCGCAUGGGUUUUUGAUUGGCCAUGUUGUUCCUGAAGCUGCUGAAGGUGGGCCCAUUGGUCUUGUUGAGGAUGGCGAUGAGAUUGUUAUUGAUGCUGAGAAUAAUAUUAUUGAUUUAUUGGUUUCGGAAGAAGUUUUGGCCAAGAGAAGAGAGCAAUGGACUCCACCGGAACCAAGGUACAAGAGGGGAACCUUGUUUAAGUAUGCCAAAUUGGUUAGCGAUGCUUCCAAAGGGUGUGUUACUGAUGUUUAA